AUGGCAAAGAAAACUUAUGAUCUAUUAUUCAAACUCCUCUUGAUUGGUGACUCUGGUGUUGGCAAAACUUGUAUACUGUUUAGGUUUUCAGAUAACCACUUUACAACUACAUUUAUAUCCACUAUCGGUAUAGAUUUCAAAAUUAAAACAGUGGAACUGCGUGGUAAGAAAAUUAAACUGCAAAUCUGGGAUACUGCUGGGCAGGAGCGGUUCCACACCAUCACCACAUCAUAUUACCGUGGAGCUAUGGGCAUAAUGCUGGUCUAUGACAUCACAAAUGAGAAAACAUUUGAUGACAUUGUGAAGUGGUUAAGAAACAUAGAUGAGCAUGCUAACGAGGAUGUGGAAAAAAUGAUUCUGGGAAACAAAUGUGACAUGGAGGAGAAACGUGUUGUCAGUAAAGAGAGGGGUGAAGCUAUCGCGCGCGAGCACGGCAUCCGCUUCAUGGAGACGUCGGCCAAGUCCAACAUCAACAUCGACCGCGCCUUCUCCGAGCUGGCCGAGGCCAUCCUCGACAAGUCCGCCGGCCGCGACGCCGACCCCGACCACGCGCGCAUCGCCGUGGAGCGCCGCCCGUCGCGCGCGCCGCCCGCGCGUGCGUGCUGCUCCUAGGCCCGCCACCUUCACGUGGCGACUCGCGCGGGCCCGGCGACUGAGCGCCUCGUGUGAUAUUUGCUACCUACGCUUCCUUAUCCGAUCGCGUGGAACUUUACUACGAUUUAUUUAGAUUGAAGCGCCAUCUAGUUGACUAGUUACAACCAUGGGAAACAGUAGCGUCACUAGAUGGCGCUCCCUCGAUACUAUAUUAAUCUUAGUUAACUUCCACGCAAUCGCAUAAGUAAACGUUCGUAAGAAAUCUCCCACUUAGCACCCUGAACACUGCGCUUUCCUAUACUAACGUAUUUUUAUUAGUUUGCCAACCAUUUUCGCCCCAUCUACACUCCAACGACGACCAUUGGAGGGACCAUUACAGUAAUCUUACAUGUCAUGUCAAGCGAGCUUUUGCUGUGCUUUUUAAAAGCGUCUCUCUCGCAAUCCGUAUUGUCAUAUCAAACA